CUGCAUGUUUGGAUGGAACAUUUCGCUCAAAGUGGAUUUAUAAGCACUGGAGGAGUAAAACUGGAGUCGUUUACCAUGUUUACCGCAGGACUUCUGUCCCUGUGUCUUCAUGAAGCCGCUGCUGGGACGUGUGGUUUCUGAGAUGGACGUGCCGAACCACGUGUGAAUGGAGAACCGAGCCGCUGCGAUCAUCAUGAACGUCAGCGCUAACGCCUCAGAUGUCCUGUUCACACACAGUCUAUGGGAAGUGGUGACGAUCGCUAGCGUCUCCGCCGUGGUGAGCCUCGUGACCAUCAUUGGGAACGUUCUGGUGAUGCUGUCCUUCAAGGUGAACAGCCAGUUGAAGACGGUCAACAACUAUUACUUGCUUAGCCUAGCCUUCGCGGACCUCAUCAUCGGCGUGUUCUCCAUGAACCUGUACACCUCAUAUAUCCUCAUGGGCUACUGGGCUCUCGGAAGCCUAGCCUGUGAUUUAUGGCUAGCGUUGGAUUAUGUGGCUAGUAACGCCUCUGUGAUGAACCUACUGGUUAUUAGCUUCGAUCGCUACUUCUCUAUAACCAGACCGCUGACGUAUCGAGCCAAACGCACGCCGAAGCGAGCGGCCAUCAUGAUCGGGUUAGCUUGGCUCGUGUCUUUCGUUCUCUGGGCGCCACCGAUCCUCUGCUGGCAGUAUUUUGUGGGAAAACGGACGGUUCCUGAACGACAGUGUCAGAUCCAGUUCUUCUCCGAGCCUGUGAUUACUUUCGGGACGGCGAUAGCCGCCUUUUAUUUCCCUGUAUCCGUCAUGACUAUCCUUUACUGUCGGAUAUAUAAGGAAACCGAGAGACGCACUAAAGAUCUCGCCGAGCUUCAAGGCGUAAACUCUUCGCCAAACUCCAGUGGCGAGACUCAAACCGCUCGCUCGUGUUGCGGCUGCAAGCAUACGAGCGAAAGCAUACAAAACUCCACUCCUAAAGCGGCCGAGUUCAACAGCUACGCCUCCUCCGAGGAAGAGGAGCGAUCCACGUCUCCCGGCGUCUUCCAGGCGUCCAAACGCAAAGCCGACGAGCAGAACCACUUCAGAACGAGUCCUACCCUGGGUACGCGGAGCAAGAAGUGCGUCUCCUACAAGUUCAAACCAACCGUUCCACUAAAGAACACCAACGGAGACGCAAAACCCUCGUCUUUCUCAUCCGCCGAAUCCGUGAACGCACCCUCCUCCUCGUCUUCCUCCAAACCUAUCGACGGCACACUAAAAAGCCAGAUAACCAAGAGGAAGAGGAUGGUGCUGAUCAAAGAGAAGAAGGCGGCACAGACUCUGAGCGCCAUCUUGCUGGCCUUCAUCCUCACCUGGACGCCGUAUAACAUCAUGGUUCUGGUGUCCACCUUCUGCUCCGACUGCAUCCCGCUCUCGCUCUGGCAUCUGGGAUACUGGCUGUGUUACGUCAACAGCACCGUCAACCCCAUGUGUUACGCGCUCUGCAACAAAACCUUCCAGAAGACCUUCCGCAUGUUGCUUCUGUGCCAGUGGAGGAAGAAGCGUGAGGAGGAGAAGCUGUACUGGUGCGGGCAGAACCCGGCGGCGGGCGGCAGACUCGCCUGAGACACGCCUGAGGCACGCC